CACGGCGUUGACGAGGCUUCUUCCUUUCCUUCCUUUCAUCACUAUCGAAAUCUAUUAUCUAGGCUCGGGCUCUAAGGCAACUUCGCUACUUAUCGUUAUCCUCUGAGAUUUUCAACUGCCUCCGGCCUACGAUGCCUCAAAACGAGCUGCCGUUGCCGACGCACCACGUAUCAAGUGACGCAAUUCUCCUAUAUUUCAAUACAACCUAGGCUUGGUCUCGGCUUGCUAUACACGACUUCCUCCCGACCACCAUGUCUGAUUCCACCAGCGUACGUGCAGCUCAAGUGAUUGGAAUCGCAGGCUCUGCAUUCGUGUCUGGUGCCAUUCUCUCUAUAUCAUUCGUCACCGUCCCUGCGCUGGUCGCCCCUCCCCCAGACUCCAAAGUCCAGUACUCGUACAUCGCCGUCCAAUGGCGACGUCUUUACACCCUGGGAAAAUCCCUCAUCCCACCCAUUGCGACGACCGCUGCGACAGCCUAUACGUAUGCUGCGUACCAGAUGCAUCCCUUCCCCGAAUGCACGUGGUAUGCUACCGCUGGAGUGCUCACCUUUGGCAUCGUGCCCUUUACCCUCGCGGUGAUGAAGAAGACCAACGACAAGCUGCAUGAUAAGGCAGGGGUGGUGGAUGACAUAGGACUCGAAGGUGCUGAAGAGGCUGAAUUGCUGAGGACGGAAAAGACUGAGGAUUUGGUGACACGAUGGAAGUGGUUGAAUGCUCAACGAGGAUUAUUCCCGUUGGUUGGUGCAAUUAUUGGUGCAGUCACAACGACUAUCUAUGCUUGAUCCUUUCUGCCUCUUAUAAAUGUAACAUUUUGCAAUCUGAUUUUUAUGACUUUACGAACGUAUUAUAAGCAGACCGAUGUACGGCUCAUGAGAGUCGACAAGGACAUG